UAAGAUGAAUAGUUCAAGGUGAAUGCCAUCCAUCAAAGGUUUAACAAUAUAAAUACAGCUAAGAAUCAACAUCAAACAUUCACAUUGUUCAGCCUUAAUUUGACCAUCGUACCACAUCUUGCAGCAAAGGAAUCCUAAAGAUGAAGGCAGUCAUUCUCGCUAUCGCUUUGUGCAUUGCUGUUGCCUCUGUCCAGGGCUACAUUGGCGGUUACAACAAUUACAACAGAUACAGCAGAUACUACCCCCGUCAUUAUGGAAACAACUAUUAUGACGAUGACUACUACAUGGGAGGCAUGAGGGGAUACAACUCUUACAGAAGUCCUUACUACAGCAGCUUUGGAUACAAUAACAUGGGAGGAUAUCCCAGACCAUACCAGAGCGGAGGCUACAACAAUUACUAUAACAAUUUUAUCUGAAACGUAAACAAGGCAUAGUCAUUGUUUGCAUUUAUGUGUUUCAGCAGAUUUAGACAUUUCAUAAUUUUUAAAACUGCUAUAAAUUUUAUUCGAACAACAUUUUUUUUGUAAUUUUCAUUGUUUUGACUUUGUUUCAAAUCAUUACAAAAUAUAAAGUAAAUCUUACGAAUUUAUCGAAUUUUUCCUAGUAUUUAAGUUUUAUUUUUACGUCUAACAUUCAUUCAUUAUCUAAAAAAAUAUUUUAUUUUUCUUUGUAGAAGCAAACAUGAUUCAUCUAAAUGAAU